UCUUAUUCAGUUUCUCGGCAACCGUCCUCACGAGCUCAGCUUUAAAUAUUCUCGCGCAUUUCGACAUUAGGACAGUCUUUUCGGUGAUUCCUGUUCAUCAAGUUGUGCCAUUAUAUAGUUUAUUUAACAAUAGUAAUAACCACUUCCGUAAUUAUCAAAUUUUACUGAUUAAAAUUUCAAGUUAAUAGUAUUGUAAAUUAUUUAAAAAGUCAGGAAAAAUGCAUUUAUUGGGAAGUAUUUUACUUGUUGUGAGUUUUGUCUACUGCACUGCUUACCACACGCUACUGAAUAAAAUCCCCAAUAAAAACGAAAAUCAAAAUUUGAGUUACAAAAACUUGAGGCUGGUUUAUUCCUGGAAAUCGCUGGAUUUUGUGUUUCCUGAUGCUUGGACUCGAGAGCAGGCUAUCAUAAACAAGGAUUUUAUUCCUGGGGCGUCGUUUCCGAUUGAUGUUGAUGUUUCAUCUAGUCAAUUCGGGUCUCGAGUAUUCGUAACAAUUCCCCGUUUCCAAGAAGGAGUACCAAUAACUCUUGGGUACGUCUCUAAUUUGACUUCAUCAGAUGGCAGUCCUUUGAUAGCUCCAUAUCCUAAUUGGGAAAUGAAUCAAUUAGGAUACUGUAAUCACAUCACAAGUGUGUACCGUAUCAAGAUUGACGAGUGUGGUAGACUUUGGGUGUUGGACACUGGCAAACUACAGAACGAGCGAAAAUGCCUACCUCAACUAUUCAUCUUUGAUCUCUUAACCGAUAGACUGAUUUCACGUUACCAAUUUCCAGAGAGUUUAUUAAAGCCUGAAUCGUUGUUAAUCACACCAACAAUCGACAUCCGAGGACAAUGUUCGGACACAUUUGUCUACAUUGCAGAUGUCAGCGAGUUUCAGUUGAUUGUUUACGAUUUAAAAAAUCAAAACUCAUGGAACAUUCAAAACAAUCUUUUUUAUCCGUAUCCUGAGCACGGACAUUUUACUAUUGCUGGCGAAAGUUUUGAUCUUAUGGACGGAAUUUUUGGAUUAGCUUUAGGACCAUUGACAACAAAUGGAGAUAGAAUGUUGUACUUCCAUUCGCUGGCUAGCGUUGUUGAGAGUUAUGUGCCUACGUCGAUUAUCAGAAACUCAGACUUAGUUUUGAACCACCCAGACAUUGCUACAUCCGCAUUUCAAUCCUUCAGGCAACGCCGCUCCUCGCAAUCUGGUCCUCAAGCUAUGACUAAUGACGGAAUUUUAUUCUACGGCUCAAUAGGAGACACAGCUAUUGGUUGUUGGAACAGUAAAAGCUACCCGGAAUUCGGCGGACCUAAUCUUGAUUAUGCGGUUGUUAACAAUGAAACACUACAAUUUAUUUCGGGCUUGAAGCUCGUAACUGUAGGCAGCAGGCAACAACAAAUUUGGGUGAUCACAGGACGCUUCCAAAAAUUUAUGACGGGUACCUUGAAUGCCCAAGAAGUUAAUUAUCGCAUACAAGCUGCUUAUAUUGAUGAUAUAAUUAGUGGAACUAGGUGCGAACCAUCACAAGACAGUGGUCAUUAUCAUGAAACAAGUCAUCAAAAUCCUUCAAGUUUACAUAAUCACAAUUAUCAUCAUUCUUAUAAUUAUCACUACUAAUAGAGAACUUAUCACUUUUUCGAUACUUUUUUAGUCAUUUUUGGAAAAUGAACUUUUCAUACUUUAAUUCUUACAUACAAUAAUUUUUUAUGUUCUGACGUACCCAUAGAUAGCCAGAUAUGAAAAUUAGCCAUACAUAGUCAUAUCGGAGUACUUUUUACAAGUAUUUAGAAAAAAAAAAUUAUAAGUUGAUCGGACCUGAUAUAGUCUGAUAUGGACCGUUCAUAUUAGGCCUGAUAUGAAAAUUGGCCAUAUCAGACUCGAUAUGGCCUGAUCAGGGCUUAUAUGGCCAUAUCAAGAUGUAGACAAACUUAAAGCAUAAAUAAAAUUUACCAUUUCUGAUUUUA